AUGGUUACUAUAAUCAGCACCAUGGAAACCCAGGUGUCCAACGGUCCAAGCGGAACCAGUCUGCCUAAUGGCCCAGUCAUUAGCACCAAUGGCUCCACAGACGACAGCAAAACCAACCUGAUCGUCAACUAUCUGCCUCAGAACAUGACCCAGGAAGAGUUCAAAAGUUUGUUCGGUAGCAUCGGAGAGAUUGAAUCCUGCAAGCUCGUCAGAGACAAGAUCACAGGUCAGAGUUUGGGAUAUGGCUUUGUAAACUAUGUGGAUCCAAAUGACGCAGAUAAGGCCAUCAACACACUCAAUGGUCUCAAACUGCAGACUAAAACAAUCAAGGUAUCAUAUGCCCGGCCAAGCUCGGCAUCUAUUCGUGAUGCCAACCUUUACGUGAGUGGACUCCCUAAAACCAUGAGCCAGAAGGACAUGGAGCAGCUGUUCUCCCAAUACGGUCGCAUCAUCACAUCUCGCAUCCUAGUGGACCAAGUCACAGCAGGCAUAUCACGAGGAGUGGGCUUCAUCCGGUUUGACAAGCGAAACGAAGCCGAGGAGGCCAUCAAAGGUCUGAACGGACAGAAGCCUUUGGGUGCCGCCGAGCCCAUCACUGUCAAGUUCGCCAACAACCCCAGCCAGAAGACGGGCCAGGCCUUACUGACUCAGCUGUACCAGACUGCUGCCCGCCGCUACACGGGGCCCCUGCACCACCAGACUCAGCGUUUCAGACUCGACAAUUUACUAAACGCCAGCUACGGAGUCAAGAGCUCUCCCACUCUCUUCCCCAGAUUCUCCCCCAUCACCAUUGACAGCAUGACCAGCCUGGCCGGGGUCAACCUCACCGGUCCAACUGGAGCCGGCUGGUGCAUCUUUGUGUACAACUUGUCCCCCGAGGCGGACGAGAGCGUCCUGUGGCAGCUCUUCGGGCCUUUCGGCGCCGUCACCAACGUCAAGGUCAUCCGUGACUUCACCACCAACAAAUGUAAGGGCUUUGGCUUUGUCACCAUGACCAACUACGACGAAGCCGCCAUGGCUAUCGCAAGCCUUAACGGCUACCGCCUGGGCGACCGCGUGCUGCAGGUUUCCUUCAAGACCAGCAAGCAGCACAAGGCCUGA